AGACGAAUUGGCCCUCAGGUGACAGCUCGAAUUAUGAGAUGCUUUGAACACCGGCGGAGGUGGAUAUCGAAGUGGAUGACGCGGAAUUUUCGAAUUCCACCGUCGAUGCUCAAGCGCUGACGAUUAAGGACUCUAGUCGGUAUCGUUUGCUCUCGCGUCGACGAAAUCAAAGAUAGAGCCUCACAGAUAUCCGAUUGAGACAAGCUGUCGAGUCGAUUCUGAAGCUGUCCGUCAAGUCGAAUCUGACGAUUACGAUUGGCGUUGGCAUUUUCCUCCUCUCGGAGGAUUUCUUUUUCGCAGUCCGCGCGCUCCUCGGAGCAGCGUUUGCGAAAAACAUUUCUCAAACAGGCCCAGCAGUGUCUCUACCGCAACAUCUUUUCCCGAGAAAGUGUCUUCCUUCCCACUCAGAAGAUGCACGGGUAACUUUCUCGUCUGGCUCAUUGAAGGCGACGAUGAUUCUUCGCGAUUGUAAAAGCGCGGAAUCUCCUGCUUGAUUUUCGAGGGCGUGUUUAGGUAGUCCUGUCUUCGAUCGGUUCGCUCGAGAUGAAUGACGACAGUGACAACUCGGGAUACCGGAUAGUGCGUGAGAGGAACAAAAGGGGGAAUUACGAACGUGUUGUCCCCAGUUUGGAAUGUUAAUUACAUCCGUUGAAUGAAUCGAGCUAAUGAGACGAAUGGUGUAUGAAAGUGAUGACGGAUGUUUCAAUCCGUCAUCGAAAGUUCAAAACUGAGAAAGUGAUGAUUAAAGUUGAAAGAAAGGAUUAUACAUCCGAAGGAAGAUUUAUGUGAUAUCUAAUAUUGCAGGCUUCGUGAAUAUUUCAUUUCUGACUUCUCCAGAGAGAGAGAGAGAGAGAGAGAGAGGAAUGAUAAUUUCUGACUUAUACGAUAAUUGAGAUUGAUAACUCGGGAUACUUUCAGUAUCGCGUACGGGAACGGAGAUCAUCGAGUUCGCGCGAUUAACCGAUUAACCUACGGAAAUGAUUCUCUUCGUGUCCAGAUGAGCUGAAUUUCCGAAGUAGGCUCAAAGGGCGAACGCGAAACGCUUCGCAAACACGUCGCCUACGUCUGCGGCGCAGUUCGAGCAGUGAAUCGGCUAUGAAGUUUCGAAUACUGAAUCCCUGAUGGAUUAACGGUUUUAGAAAGUCGCGAAACAGCCAAUAGAAUGCGAAUCGAAAUGCAAGAAUGGUCAUAAAAUCGGGGAGGUACCAGAUGCCGGAAAUAUAUUUGUAAAUGCGCACUCGAGCGGAAGAUUAUUCUUUCCCGUUAUCACUCGUGUCGUUCGUGUCGAUUGAAAUACCGGAUGCAGCGAUGGACGUUCCUCAAGUAGACGUAAUCUCUAGUUCUUCGCGUUGGAAAAGGAGAAAAAAAAAACUGUCGGGAGAGAAAGUGUCGUUCGGUCAUCGAUUAUGAAUCGGACGUGUCGGGAGAUAGACAGGACAGUUAGCAAAAUUGACAAAACGAGAACGGUAGUAAAGUUGCCCGAGAGAAUCGCGCGAGUCUACGUUACGACAAAUUGGCUCAUUUAGCGAAUAAUUCCGGUGCACUAGGCGGUUUUUAAUUGGCGCGCUUUGCCUACAUACACACACACACACAUAUACACAUGACACAGCGGAACGUGACGCGGACUCGACGAACUAGAUAGUUGGGAUUUUUGAUGCUGCGACUUCAUUAUUUUACCGUUACUAGACACGAUUACGCUCAUCGCCGACCUGCAUUCGAUUCGAGUCGCCGUGUAUCUUUGUGUGCACAUUAAAUAUUGUCUUCAACGUAUAAGUUUCCUCCACGAACAUUCUUAUUUUCCCGCCAACGUGUGUGUGUGUGUGUGUGUUCGCGAGCGAUAUCGAACGUCACAUUAGACUGACGCGAAGGAUUUGCCUUUCCAUUAAAUCCUCGGUAGGAAGUUUGGGUGUUAAAAGAAAAAAACAGAAGGCCGCCGUUAGAUGCCUGUGAGAAGAAAUACUGAAAUCAUGAUCAGACUCGUGAGCGUCCUCGUCCUCGUCGGCUUGGCGAACGGCCAGCUGAACUUCGAGGGGAAUCCGCUCACCGAGUACACCGAUUACACCGCCGAGGAGAGCAGCCUCUCCGAGAGGGCCGCCAAGGACACCUCCGUCUACUCGAACUCGGCGAUAUCGCGUCCUCAGAGACUCUACCCGGUCUUCGAGACUCCUCGACAGCCGGCCAAGACGAUGGACAAUGAACUGUUCUCCGAUCACAGAUUACAGGCGCCGCGUGUGUUCUCAGUCCAAAGUCCCCCGUCCGCGCGGCAGCUGCAGACGUCCACCGAGCGAAGCUCGCCGAUCGACCCGGCGGAGGUCGCGCUCACCACCUUCCUGAACUCCAAGACCCCCGAGGAGUCCCGUGCGUCGCUCGACUACUUCCUGCGCAGCCAGCAAUCGGAAGCUCAGUCCCGGUCCGCCGACGUCGCCGUGAUCGAUCAGGACGAGAGAGUGGAUCGAGUGGACACCCAACCGAUCAUCCACCAAGUGGAACAACGGCAACCGCUGCUUCCCCAGACGGACCAGACGAUUCACGUUCACCUGACGCCGCAGGUGGUGCCGCAGCAGGUCAAUCAGCAACGGCAGCAACUGCCGGCCAGUCAGAAUUUCGUUUACGCGCCACAGCCGCUCACCCAGGCGGCGGUGCAGCCGGUGAUCAGGACCUCUGCGGGUAUCCUGGGCCCGGCGACGAUGCUACAACCGAUGCCGAUCGGGCCUGGUAUUCAGAUGCGGAAUGACCCGAUGAUGUCGGCGACGAUGUGGCGGCAGAGGAUGAAGAGGUUACGCGGCAAGCCGUUGCCGGGCGUCUUCCCGCAGGCCAGGAUCGCGCCGGCCUUGUACAAAGGACCUGUCGCAGUGCCCUUCAAGGCGCCGGUGGAGGUGAUUUACACGAAGCCACCGGGUUUCCAUCGGGGGCCAGCGAACGUGAUCGCCAACCCGCCCUUCGAAGACGCCAGCUCUUGGUUCCCCGAUUCCGAUUACCCACCACCCUCGAAGGACGUCUACUACUCCCAGUUGUACGCGCAGUCCUACGAUCCGCACUACUACAACUACAUCGCCGCGACCGGCAAGGUGCGGCCGCACCUGUACGGCAAGCUGGGCAAGCGGAAGGAGGAGCAGGAGGACGGCAUCUGGUCGGAGCUCUAUCGGGGCUUCACCAAGCACGGCCUGAAGAACAUCAUGACGCCGACCUUCCUCUUGGGCAUGACCCUACCGGUGGUGACGCUCAUGCUCUCCGCCCUCGUGCAGAAGCGCUCGAUCGCGAGGUCGGACGCGCGCGACCUGGGCCAGGAAGACGCUCUGCAGGAGUACCUGGAGAGGCUGCAGCGGGCGAUGAUAUGUUACGGGAGUAACAGGAGCACCGCCUCUGAGGGGAAGAACGAGUGUUGAAGGCUGCGGGGAGGAUGCUGCCGGUCGAUCUGGACGAGUGAUCUACCUACCUACGAUCGAGGGGUUCGCGCACGUGGGAAGGAGAGGAGGAAGAGGAGGAGGAGGAGGAGAGAGAGAGAGAGAGAAAGGCGCGGGAGAGAUUCUGAGAUUUAUUUAUCAUAUUCUUAGUAUAGAGAUUGCGUGUAUUAACGCGAAGCGUGCAAAAAUCAGAGAGAAUAGAACGGAACGAGCGCUUCUCACGCUCACACGGCUUGUGAAAACGAUCGCUCUACUACCGUGUACGCUCGAAUUUCUGCGAUCAUUUCUGGAAACAGGCCCGAAUGAUACGCGGACGCGUGUUCCCGCGGUGUGUUAUUAGCGUUACGCAAGACCGGCACGUCUCACCGCAGUCUGUAACAACCGGUCGACCGCCGCCGGUGGGAGAAAGAAAAGGAGACACCGCUGUAACUGUUCUCCACUACACUCUCCGCGUGAUUUAGGGAUAAUUAAUUGGAGCAACGGGAGCAUAUGGGGGCGAGAGAGCGCUUUCUGCUCGCCGCCGCGUCGAAACACACCGUGUACACGACGCACGCGUGUACACGAGUAGAAAAACAUUUUGUGAUGCGUGUGCUCAAGUCGGUUCUUGUUAAAAUUUUCGUGUUAAAUCCUUAACACAGCCCUGCGUUAAUUUAACGUACUUGUGUUCACGUUGUCUCGAUAUGUACUCGUGUUCUGAGCCGGUGUUCAACAUGUUCGAGUGUUAAAACGACAGAUUUUAUACUUCAGCGUCGAUUACUACGGCUGUUAAUUUUUCAUAUGGCCAGCAAAUAUUUGUAUUACCUUUCGACGUAUUUAUCUUGCGUUAAAUCAACACGAAAAUUGUCAUUCAUGUUCGAGACGCGUGAAGUGUGUCGAGUUUAACGGAGAAUUUUUUACCGUGGCACGUGAGUAGCACACGUGCUUGUGUAUCAACAGAAGUAUAAUAUAUUCGCGUUAACGAAA